AUGCUUGCCUUCUCAAGGACCGCAGCGCCCACGCAAGGUACAGGCACGAAAGACAUCGACAGGCUGCUUUCAGAGCUAGAGGAGAAUCUCGAAAGCGCGAAGCUCUCUUUCAAACAGCUAGAGAGUCUCCUUGUCGAUGUCAAAGUAUGCGGCCGCGAUGCAAGCACCGCUGGUCCCAUCUUCUCGAAACGCGGUAUCUCCAUCAUCUCGAGAUAUGGCCUGGAUGUGACCGACACAAAGGCUCUACCUGGAUCUAGAGAAGCUCUAAGAUGCCUUGCAAAUGCCUUCCUGCUACACGAGCCAAGCCGGCAGACAUUCGUCGAUAUCGGCUACGCCCCCAAAGCUGCCGAAAGACUCAAGGUCGAUGACCGCGACGAUGAGUUCGUGAUAUCUAGAAUGCUGUUUCUCCUAACAUAUAACACCAAAGUCGACUUUGACGAGUUGGUUGACCAGAAUCAGCUGGAUGAAAGCAUCAACCAGAACAUCGCCGGCCACGCUAAAGCGUUUUCUACUAAGAGUGGCAGACGCAAGUCAGAAAGCUCGCCUAUGGUGGGCAUGUCGCUGGUGGAGACGCUGAAACUCAUGUUCAACAUUACCUACUACUACCCCGAUCUGGUGCAGAAGUUCAGCCCUUCCAUCGAGCCACUGGUCCGGCUGGUCAUAAAUCAUCCUCUCCCAACUCCGCCGCUUCAAUCACCGAUCACUUAUAUGCUCAACGCUCUGCUGAACCUGGAUCUCGGCUCAUCAGAGAAGAAAACGACCUUCGGACCGGAGACGCGAUCAAGCCCACUCUUUCCGUAUUCCAGCCCGGAAGAAGUGGUCGACAAGCUCACAUCGAUCUUUAACAAAGCGAUCAUGACCAUGCCCGAGAGCGAGCUGGACCAGGCAGCUGCACCGCUUUGUACUCUCAUUAGACGUCUAUACGAACUGGCGCAGCCACAGAUGAAAGAGUGGAUGCGCUGGAUCAUGCUCCCUCGAGAGCGAGACCGCGACAAGCCUCUCGGCACAGGAGACACGAUGGCCGCCCGCUUACUGAGACUUUCCUGCUCGCCCGCACUUCCCACGCUACGAGAGAACAUCUCCAGCCUGCUCUUCGAACUUAGCGACAAAGACGCAAACAAGUUCGUCAAGAACAUCGGCUACGGCUUCGCAUCCGGCUUCCUGAUGAGCCAUAACAUUGAAGUACCUGCCACUGCAGCCGAAGCGGGCAGUAUAUCAAGCGAUGGAGACGCUGACAGUGGUAUUGGCUACAAUCCUGUCACUGGGCAGAGACUGAGCGCCGAGGAGGCGGACAAGGCCAACAAGGAGAGGCAGGAGAUGAGCCCUGAGGAGAAGGAGAGAGAGGCAGAGCGUUUGUUUGUGCUGUUUGAGAGGCUGAAAGCUACUGGUGUGGUGGAUGUUAAGAAUCCGGUGCAGCAGGCGGUGGAUGAGGGGCGGUUUGAGGAGUUGGAGUAG